AUGAUCAUCAAAUUUGUUGUGCUGAUAUUAUAUGUGAAUGCAUAUGAAUAUUGGAAUGUCUAAUAUACUGCCUUCACUUCAAACAACAUAAUUGAUAAUGAAGGUAUUAUAGAAGUAUAUUUAGGCUGGUGGGUUCAAGGAAAUAAUGGAUAAUUGACUAGUUUUUGUAAUGGCGUAUCAUUGUUUGGAGGUUUUAAUUUAUUUGGAUCUGGGGCAAGUGUUUCAAAAUCAAUUUCUCUACCUCCUCAUUUUAGAAUACGAGUUUCUUUAGAGUUUUGGAAGUAUUUGUGAUAAUUAGAAAUAGAAUAGAUAGCUGGGAUGACGAAUUUGUAUAUUUUAUUCUAGAUGAUUAUGUCUAAACUGGAACUUGGUAUUGGAAUACAGGAGAUGUUAUCUGUGGAAAUCCGUAAUAUGUGGAUGAAUGGAGAGAACUUAAAACAAAUUAUGUAUUCGAGUUUUCUCAUUAAGAACCAACACUUGUUGUUAUUAUUAAAACUAAUUUAGAUGAAAUUCCAUAUAAUGUAUAUAUUUAUGUAAUAUAUAAAGGAAUCAUGGGGAUUUAGAAAUUUUAUAGUCGAAGUAAUGUUAUGCUCACCAGGCUGUUUAAAAUGUAAUAAUGAUACACCUGAUGAAUGCUGGUAUUAUGAAUUAAUUCAGAUGAAUUGGUUUGAAAAUUUUAAUUUUGAUGGAUGGAAUCUUGAUAAUUUAUAGUUUCUAGCAAAGAGCUAAUGUGUUAAUAUUUGGGUAAUAGGAGGGGUUGGUUAAAUUACAUAAAGUAAAUAAUUAUCAAAGUAAUAUUCUUCUUUGAUUUCACAUUAUAAAGUAUUAUUGGAAGUUCAGUUAUGGAAGUUUGAUAUUUGGAAUAAUAAUUAAUUUUAAUUAGAAAUUGAUGGAGAAAUUAGUGCAUAAGCAAAUUUUAAUCAAUUUGAGUUCAUUCAUUUGUGUGGUGAUAGUAAUGGAGGUGAAAAGCUAUUAAAUAUUCGCGUGGAAUAGAAUCACAUAUCUGAUAGUAUGCAAAUUAAGAUGAAAUCAAAUAUUGUUUCAUCAAAUGGAUCUUGGGGAUUACGAGCUUUUAGAUUAUUUUUAGCCAAAUGCUAUGAUUCAUGUCUUGCCUGUUCUGGACCAAAUAAAAAUGACUGUUCAGCAUGCAAAUCUGGAUAUAUAUUAUAAAAUUAAGAGUGUGUAGAUGGUAUUUACUUUUAGUUAUUUUUUAGUAAAAUGGAUGUUGGGUUUAAAAAAAUAUUUCUAACCUUUAGAUUUUCAAACUUAAUCUGGAUGGACUAUAUCAAAUAUUUAUAAUAAUCAAUCCCCAUUUUCAAUAUGUGCUAAUUCUAAUCUAUUAGGAGGGUUCCCCUUAUUAGGUAAAGAUGCUUCAAUAGCCUUAACUUUUGAUCUUCCUAAACAUAAAAAGAUAAGAGUCAAAUUAGAAUUUUGGAAAUUUGAUACUUGGGAUAACGAAUGGUUUAUAGUGUUUGCAGAUGGAAUUCAAGUUUAUUAAGUAUAAUUUGGUCUAAAUGGAGUGCAAGUAAGUUGUGGAUCAUCUAAUCCUAAUGCUUACUUUAAAAAUUUAGAUUUUGAAUUUCUACAUGAUUAGCCAUCUAUCAAUUUGGUUUUGAAAAGUACUUUAGAUGAAAUUGCAGAAAAUGAAUCUUGGGGAAUCAGAAAUUUUUAAUUAUUAUAUGGAGUUACAAAUGAAUGCAGUUACUCUAUCAUUGAUUCUGCUAAUAUGCCUUCUUUCUUAGGAACUAGGUAUACAGUAUCAUCAACAUAUUCAUUUGAUCAGUCUUUAUAAAAUAAAAUAGAAAUAUCUGAACUUGCAAUCUCUCUUUAAGAUAAUUUUGAUCAAACAAUAAAUGUUGAUUCUACAAUUAAAAAAUUGUCAAUUUCAAUCAUCCGCAACUGUUUUUAAACUGAUUUAACAUUUUCAAUUUCAAUUUUACAAAGCAGUUAUCCAGAUUACAGAAAAUAAACAGCAAUCUGCAGAUAAAAACGAUCCAAUAUUUUACAUUCUUUGUUGGUUUUGGAAAGAACUAUAAAACAAGAAUCAUAAGUUAGAUUAUAAGCAACUUCAACAUUCUUUUAAAUAUUUUAAAUAGUUGAAAGUUAAACUAUAAAACUCUAUGAAAUGGCAAUAGAAUGA